CAAAAUUAUUAGCUGCAGUGCUUGACCCUCCUUUUUACAAGUGAAUCAGCGUACAAAACUACCUUUUGGCCACAAUUACCUCGAAAAGAAACCCGAAUCACAAUGUUCAAGAAAUUCAAAAGAUAACUGAGCUAUUGAAAGAUCGCUGUUGUUUUCAUCUUUGAGAUGUGAUCUCGACGACAUAGCGCGCGAUCUGAGGAGACGUUGAAUGCUGUGAAAUUGAACUAAAAUGAGCAGAAAAGAAAAACUGUUGAAAUCUUGAACUCAAGACGAAUCAGAGGUCGAACUGAUGAACGCUAGCACACCAACACAGAGGAGAAGAUUCUUUAUCGAAGCUCACGGCCCACCAGACACGUCAAAAAUAGUACUAUAUACAAACAGUUACAAAAAGUCUCGCUAUCUUCUWAAAAUGUGCACAUCGUUCUAUAAAUUCCAAAUGAUGAUGGGAUUGAAGUUAACUACCUUACGUGAAUUUCCUUCAGAUGGUCCGGUCAAAAUGAACGGUGUCGUUAAAACAGAUGCUUCAGACUCAACCGGAAGGGCGUCACCGGUGAUGUCAGAAGCAGGCAAGUCAUUCACAAUGGAGCAGAACCUGCAGCAACCGGGGACUGGACCUGCUGUCCAUUUAAAUGGAUCAACGCCAUCAGCGAAUCAAGAAAAUGUACAGGUCAGCGUGUAUCCAGUGCAACUACAGAAAAGUAACGGUAGCCUGGGGCUUAAUAUCAUUGGUGGAAUUGAACUUGGAGGUAUUUACGUGAAGACCAUGGCUCAUGAUGGACCAGCGGCUUUYAGUGGUAAAAUAAGCAUAGGUGACAGAAUACUUGAAAUCAACGGAAACAGCCUUGAAGGCAUUUCCAGGCAGGACGCUGUCAAUCUACUACGAACAGCUCCUCAAGUAUGUACUUUAUUAAUCGAAAGCUGCGUGGCUGCUCCGGCUACACCAAAUGGCAAACCCGCGGUUCCUGGUAACUACUCAACGACAGCAUUCCAUCAGCCAAACAGAUCGCAACCGUACACAGGUGAAGAGUAUCAGUACCAGGACCCUUCCGGAUCACCUCAGCACCAGGCCUACUCUCCAGCAUACGACCAGAUGGGGCCUAUUGACCAGUAUAGCGAGGACACAUCAGUAGUGAGUAUUCUUGCUAAAAACGUGUUGUAUUUCUUUGGUUGGGAGGCUAGGACAAUGACUAGGUCCUACGCCUACUCGACGCCUUAUGGCCGAGGUCCUGGUACUGUCUCUAUGCCUGGGUUCCACUCUAGGAACCAAUCUAGGAACCAAUCUAGGAACCAAGCAUCUGCUCGGUCUUCAUAUAAUGAUUAUGAUUCAGAUUAUUACUAUGGGGCAGAUACGCCGUCUAGAUACCAGUCUCUCCAUCCCGAUGCUUAUAAUCUUGAUUGGGAGUCUGACAAUCAAAAACGGUUUCGUACAAUAUCGAUGGGAAGUGGACGUGACUCUGAAGUUUACACUGAGUCUGGGUACCAGAGUCAGGUCCAGAUUCCAUCAUCAGCAUAUACGUCACCGAUAGUACCAAAUAUUAAUGAAACCAUAGAUAAUAGAAAUAGAAAAAGCAAUUUACUAGAGCUUAAGCUAUAUAAGUACGAAGAAAAACGAGAAAGCGUAGAUUCUAGCUUCUUUAGUAGCGCUACAAGGGAAAAUAGUGUUGAUGAUUUCUCGUCGUACGUUGAGGGUCAAUCACAAGUACCCGACGAYUACUUACCUCGUGGUCAACGAAAACCGUCGCUCCCAAAAGACCAACCACACUUAGUUGACAGUGAGGAGAUGCGACAUUUAUACCCUGGAGAAGACCCUGGACUAGUUGAAAAGUUUUUCUCUUAUCUUGGCUUUGAGUCAGAAAAUCAGUAUCCAGGACAAARUCAAAGUGAAUAUACUCAACAAGUACAUCAAAGCAAUGGGAAAGGUUAUGAAUCUCCAAUAGAUGAAGUUGAUGAGCCGAAAAGUGCGCAACCAGUUGAAAUGAAAACUUUUAAGCGUCUUGAAAGUUUAGACAGUGGUAACUUCCACGCAGGACCUUGCAGCAGUGUUGAUCAUGAAUCUGACGAUCAGCGGAGAUAUCAGUACAGCAAGACACUACAAUCACAGGACCGACAUGAAAUGGAGUUGGAUUCAACCGGCAGAAAGAGAUCACAGGGAGAGGCAACAAAACGUGAAACAUUUCAGAAAAGCAGGUCAAAAAGUAAAACAUUUGAUGAUGACUUCUCUAUGUAUGACGAUGACAAUGUUGGACUUUUUGGAGAAGUCAUCGAAGUUCCGGAAGAAAAACCAAAAAGUCUACCCAAAACGAGAAAGUUUUCUUGGUUUGGCAGUAGUAGAGAUUCUGACACUGCUGAGGAUCGCAAAAUGUCAGUCGGGGAGUCUAGUUCUGAAAAGAAAAUGGACAUCAAUAAAGGCAAAGAGAAGCAGUCAUUGCAGAACGGAAGUGAAGCGAGCACUAAAGCAGAAAAUAUCCAACAUAAACAACAGUCRCCUACUAAAAAAAGCUACUUUUCAUGGUUUUCUGAUAAUGAACCUGUCAAAGACCAAAGCACGAGAACGGCAACAGAUAACAACACAACAAGUGGAGGAGGAUUCUUCAGUGGACUCUUUGCAACACAAACACCAAAGCAAGAAACUGUUGAGCAAAAGCAAGCAAAGGACGUUGUAAUGCCAAAGACAAAAGAUGAACAACAAAGUARGAGUACAAGCGCGCCUAGGGYAGAGGAAAAGGGCGCUCAACUAAGUAAUACUGGUAUUCCAGGAUUAACUCAGUCAUUUGCGGAAGAGUUUCAGAUGCCAAGAACACCGUCGUCUUCACAACAAAGCCUUGCUAAAGAAAGAGAUAUUCGAAAAUCAGCUGUUAGUAGAACAACUGUACAAGAUGCAAAUAAGAAAGGGCCGCCGGCAGACAGUAAAGUAAACAACGAAYGAAAAAGGCCAUCUUUUGCUGAGAAAGGUACUACUGUUGCUGACAAAGAAACUAAAAGAAAUAGUAUUCAAACCAACAGUGGAGAGAAAACACCUAAGAAAGAGGAACUAAAGAAAAUUGAUAACUCUGAAAAUAUAGAAAAUCAAAAAUCAGGUUACUUUUCCUGGUUUGCGGGAACACCAAAGGAGGAAAUUAAAAAGGAAGAAGCAAAGGUCGAAGAAGAAAAGGGUGGAUUUUUCGGUGGAUUGUUUGGCGGAUCCUCGCAAACACAACAGAAACCCCAACCGCAAUCUCAAGCWCCCAAGGUGUCAACAGAAACAAAUCAAAAACCUGUUGAUGCCACUAGGAAAGAUUCAACAAAGGUUAACGAAGAAGAUCAAGGUAAAGGCUUUUUCGGUGGUCUCUUUAGCUCAGGGCAGACUACAGAAAGGAAUACCGAACAAGAAAAAGUACCACAAACAUCAACUAAACAACCUAUAAGACAACAAAGCAAUGAUCGAGCUAUGGUGGAUGUACAGAAAUUAGCUGAUACCAAUAAAGAGAAAGACAAACAGGUUGAAAAAAAAUCAUGUGAUGACACUACUAAAAAAACCUUMGAUGACACUAAAGAAAAAAUCGUUGAUACAGUCCAACCUGCAAAGGAUCAGGAUAUUCCCGAGCAGUUGAGUGCCGAGAGUAGACCGGAUGACAGUAGUGUUUUCAAUAAAAUGGUCUAUGGCUUCAGAGGUAUGUUUCGUAGAUCAGAGACUCCUGAGGAAAUAGCCAAAAGAGAGAUGGAUGAGCACAAGAAGCGACUCGAGGAAAAAGAAGCUCGACGAAAAGAGAAGGUUGCACGGUACUUACAGGAGUUUCAGUCCCAAUCAGAGAUUUCUGAGACAGCUSAAAAGGUAGUUGAUAUUAAGUCAAAGCCACAGGACGUUGGUGAUGACGAUAAAGAGGUCAAAAGAAAAGAAAAGAUUUCAAAACUGGUGAGAGAAUUCUCAACAAAAGACGAACCUUCUAACUUAUCAAAAGACAUCCCUUUAACGGUAUUCAGUGAACGGAAAGGAUCAGCUUCACCKUAUAUGAAAACUAGACCUGAUAGUGUGCAGCAAAAAUUAUCAGAACGGCAAAUGUCAGGAUCUUCUAAACAUUCAGAACGGAAAAGAGGAAAACGUACCAGUGACAUAAAGAAAGAAAUUUCAUCAGACGAAUUAGAAAAAGAAAAGGCGGAAAAAGAAAAAGAGGAAAGAGAGGCGGAGAGGCAACGGAGAAUUGCCUUAUUCGUAAAACAAUUUUCCACUAAAACAGAAGAAACUAACUCUAGGCACGGGCGUACUGCUAAAGGCAGUUAUAAGCGAUCACCAUCAACAGAAGAAGGUAGUUUACCGCGGCGUCGCUCAUUCUCGGGAAAUGACUCCACAUUUGUGAYUGAUGAACGAAGGUCCUUAUCACAGAGCGAGAAAAACGAAAAAGAGGAAGAGCGGCGCAAAAAGAUUUCAAGAUUAGUGAAAGCUUUUUCGUCGCAUACUCUGGAUCUAGAAGARAGAGAAUAUCAUGAUCGUGACUCAAUGGCCCCGAUCUCGAGACGAAGAAGCGAAAGAGAAAUWCAAAGACAAGAACUGGUUUCGCAAUARGUGAYAGAGUUUUCUUCAAGUGGCCCAAAAACAAGGCAAUCACUAAGCACCACGAGUAGUCGCAGUACAGAGUUACCCAGCUCAGAUCGACGAAAGAGUUUGGAUGAAGCAGAGCGGCGAGAAAAAAUUACCCGUUUGAUGAGAGAGUUUUCAUCUGAGUACAUAGGGCCAGAUUCAAUUACAGGCAGUCGUUCAAUGGAUUUUUCUCGCGAAAAAGAGGGCAUUUCGGAUCAUCACAGACACGUCACGUCACGGCCAAAAUCAUCAGAGACAACUAGGAGGGCGAAYCAACUGAAACGACAUGAAAACGUUCCUCAUUUGGGUCACGUUGAGCUUGAUGGUUCGCCGUCAGUAGACGGAACUUCACAAGCGCAGAAGCAGGGGAUGUUUUCGGGUAAACAAAAAAGCGUUGUCGAUAUAACUAAUGAAGCAUACGCGUCGCUCGGUGCUCACGAUGGACCAAAACAAGUGCCUGUCCCUACUUUCCGUUAUGCCUGGCAAAGGGAGCAYGCUAUCUUCCGUCCAUCAACYUUGAAGGUUGACAAAAAAGGAGAAACUACCACUAAAUCUAAAGACAUAAACGGAAAUYAUCAUGCUCAAAGAACCCCUAAYAUACGAGAACCGACCAGUGAAAAUUCACGGUUUGAAAGUGCCGAGUCUCCAAUUUCACAUGCUAUUUWUCGUAGUUCGGAAAGGAAGCAACAGAAGGUCACGUCGCUUUUUGGAGAUGAUGAUGAACCAYUCAUUGUCGCAAAAGAACUUAAAGCUGAAGAUUUUGAUGUUGUAGAGCCUAGACGAAACUCUGCCAUUGUUAAUGAAAGCUAUGACAUUCCUUCCUGGAAAGAUAACGAGGACAAGCUCAAUGAUCAAAUACAUGAAUCGUUUUCCAAUUACGAAAGCGAUACCGCGGGUAAAAAGAAACCAAAGGAGUCGGCAGGUAUCCSAUCCAAACCAUCAGGCAGGAGUUUCAACGUUAGUGAAAGUUCAAAAUCAAUAAGGGAUCGCGGAAUUCAAAAAUUAUCAUCUACAAAGAUUCCKAAAGUAGAACUUUCUYRUGAUGGUGUUAUAACCGAUCAUCGAAAAGAGACGGAAAGGGCUUUCAGAAUGGCCGAGAAUGACGGUAAAAUGCGGAAGGAAUUAGAAGACCAGUCAUAUUCGUUUGCUGAAGAAAUUCAAAAAAUUGACAAACAAAUUAAAGCUCUAUCAGAAGAAACACAAGUAAAACCCAAUAACACUGAAUAUGCAUCAGAAGAAGUUUCGGAAGGCUUUGUGCGGACCCUUGAAAGAAAACGGCGUAAAAUKGACGAAACAUGGGACGGGAUAAUGAAAGACAUUGAUCAAGAAUUAGUAAAAAGUCAAGAACACGGAUUAACCACUCAAAACUAUCAAAGUGACUCGUACCCUAUGGGKACAAAGCCUAAAUUGURGGAAACGUCUGCGUCUAGUUCUAAAGAAAGAUCUUCACUGAUAAAGGAAAAYUAUAGUGAAGCAGAGGUCUCGAGAAACCACACAACUCACGAUAAUGUUCUGAAAGAAUCCAAUGAUUUGCAGACACAAAGUCCUGAUAGUACUAAAGUUUCUGAUGCCCUACCAGCAAAAAGAACAGAGAGAGAAAAGCAACAAAAACAAGAAGAAUUUGACGACAUGAUUAAAAAAUUCAAAAACAGAUAUGCGACYGAUAAGAAAGUCCAAAUACCUCAAAAAGYAAUCAUCUCGAAAGAGUUAUCUUUAAAGAAUGAAGUUAGCAAAGACACCCUGUCAGACAGAAUCCAUGAAUACAGAACGGACGAAAGUGUCACGAAAGUAAGAAAUGUGGAAUCUGUCAAGAGUUCAUUACCAAAUGUUGAAKCUGGACAUGAAGUUCCUCCAAAGAAUAUUGGACUGUUUGAAGAUAUCGAAAUGGAAAUCGUACAGGAAGAGCCAAAGGGAACCUUUACGUCAGUGUCUGAUCUUGUAUCAAAAGUGAAAAGUCCAUCAACUCAACGAACAAGAAAUAUUCAUGAGGUCAAGGAGGCAACAAUUAACACAACUCAAAAAGAGGAAGCUAAAUUGGAUAAAGAGAAAUUGUUGCGUACAAAAGAGGUAGCUGAGCURGACAAACACAAAAAUAUAGGAAAGGAGCCUCUUCUUGAACAAAAAGUGACUGGCAAAGUGCUGGUAGAUUCCAAAGAGCAGAAGAUAAAUAAAUCUARAAUCAAGGAAGCGGAUAAAACCUCUUCAACGGCUAUAAAAGACACUACUUCAURUGGUAAAGAUAAUACUGUACUAAAAUCAGACCUGAAGACUGAAAACAACAACAAGGUAGAGGAGAGCAGUUUUACCACAAUGGCAUUAAAGAUGUUUGGAUUUGGGCACCAAGAAGCAAAACCGAAGCCGCAACCUGAAAAGAAAGCAGAAGUGCCGACUAAAAUAAACGAAAAGGUUACUGAGACAGCUYUUACAAAGAGGAGUACUGUGGAUACUUCCAACARUGCUYUUGCUACUCCUGAGCUAGCUAUUCCAAAGAAGAACGURGCUGAUGCUUCUAAAACAUCGUCUGAAACAAACUURGCUGCAAAUCAAAAUCUUCAAAAGGUCGCURCAUUAAAAGAAGAACCAAAGAAGGUAAAUACAAAUGAAACGUUAGAAAAAGCAUCGCCAAAAGASAGCGAAAAGAAGAAAGCUGAGUCAAAUCAAGAAAAAAUAAUAGCCAAAGAAACAAAGCGAAACGAGGAAAGCUCAAUCGCAAAGUUUUGGUCAAGCAUUACUGGUUCACCGCAUUCACAKAUAGAUCACGAUAGUGGCAAAAACGAGAAGAAAGCGAAAGAGAAGCCAGUUGAUGCUGCAAAUYAGAUCCAAGAAUCAAAAAUUGCAGGAGUAGAAAAAAGGYGUGCUAUUGAACUGAGUGCAAAACCUACRACCCUCUCUAAAGGGGCGCCGACAGAAAAUCAAAAGCCUGRCCAGGAAUUAAAYCCUUCUUCGGUAGAAAAGGUCGACAGCAAAGUAAAGAAAGAUCAGCCACAAGAUCGUAAGGAAAAAGACGAAGGCUACUUUGCAAAGCUGGUUUUCAAAAUGGCUGAGUCAAUGGAAGAGCAAGAAAGGCAGGAGAAAGAAGCUGCAAAYUUGGAGCAAGUAAAGGCUGGUAAAKAAGAUGAAAUUGAAAGUAAGACUAAAAGCGCCGSCGCAGUAACAACCUCACAGAUUAGUAAAGGAUCAUUUGGAGCACAGAUCGAAAAGCCAAAAGUMGUUCUUGAAGAAGMGAAUGAUGUGUCCUCUGUCAAGAGUGACUUAAGAAAAGAAAAAGAGAAAAAUGACAAGGAGACAAAAAGGGAUGAAUCAGGAUAUUUUUCCAAACUAGUAUCCAAGCUUACAGAGCCCGCAGAACAUCACGCGGUAGAGGUAAAAGGCAAAGAGCCCAAAAUCGAUGAAGUAGAUCAAGUAGCUGAGAAAACGAAAUCCUUACAAAAGCCGAAACCUGAAACAGAUGCGUCCAAAAAGCUAACUGGAGUCAAUGAGAAGGCACAGAAACCAGACCUAGAGAAAGAGAGUAAAAAAGAUCAGUCUCAGAACCAAGGUCUGUUUUCACGAAUAGCCUUUGGSCUGUCCGAGUCAAAACCAAAUGAGAACGAAAAAGUCCAAAAAGGGAAAGCGAGUGACAUAGAAAAAACGGCAAAACUGGUGAAGUCCGAUGAAUCUAAAAAAGUUGAAGUUCAAAAGAACAAGGAGUCAAACCAAUUGCAAACGACUGGUGAUGAAAAGAAAAACAAACAAACAACAAAAGAACGUCAUCCCAAAGAAAAGGAGAAAACACAGCAAAAGCGUGGAGGAUUUUUCUCAAACUUCGGGUUUGGUGCUACUGAAUCAGAUUCAACUGAGAAGAAAGAGGCACCUGCACAAGUAAAAGAAGAAGCAUCCACACUUAAAUCCCAGGAAAAGAUAAAAAAGGAUGAGAAAAAAACAAGAACUUCUGAAGCUUCUCCUAUGCCAGUACGCGAUGAAAAGGAUUUGAAAGAAGCGGGGAAAAUGCCGAAGACUGAUGAUUCUUCACAAAAACAACAGGACAGGAAUGAAGGUCUUUUCUCAAAGAUUGCAUUUGGAUURUUGGACUCCAGUGACAAUUCCGAYAAAAAAGCUCAAGUCCAGGAUGUCUCUAAGAUGCAGACCUCUAAAGUGCAGCCURCGAAGGCAGUCCCAACGACAGAAGCUAAAGMGAAGARURUCCCAGUUAAAAAGCAUGACAAUAUCCAAGCAACCGAAGYCGUUCCWAAAACACCCGCAAGCAAGGAGAUACCAAAGAAAGAAGAGGCCAAACAAGGAUUCUUUUCGAGAUUCGCUAUGCAACUAGUUGAAGAGUCUAAACCUGAGGAGAAGCCGAAAGACCGUGUUGUUCAAGAUAAACCAAGUGAAAGCAGUUCUUCAAGUCAAGUCAAAUCCACUAGCAAAUCAUCGCCUAAAGAAAGCUCYUCAUCSAAAACGUCAUCGGAAAACAAAUUUCUCAAAGGAAAUGAAAUGAAUGCUGCUAAAGAACCUCCGCAGCCAAAAGAAGGCAGCAUUAAACCUGAGCCCUUAAAACAGCCCUCAAAACAAGGAUUGUUUGCAAGACUGACUAUGCAACUUGCUGAGACACCAAAAGAUGAAACUGCAGUAAAUAGCAAGGUCGACAAACCAACAAAGCCCGUCAUUGUCGCGGAAGAUAAGGUGAAGCAAAAACCAGUACCUACCACUGAGAAAAAGCCUUUACCAGAGCAAACUACACCAGCUCCUACAGCUACGGUUAACAAGGUCAACGACAAUGCCCAGCCAGAAGUAAAACAAGGACUGUUCGCACGAUUUGCGAUGCAUAUUGUUGAAUCACCGCCCGAGGAACCAAAACAUGCCAAAGAUGAGAAAAAGGUUUCUGUUUCUGACAGCAAAAGGACUGACACAAGCAAAACACCAUCAGUAAAAGCGCCAUCAAGAGAGGAUGAUAGCAAGCUAACGGCUAGUAAGGACAAUUCAGAUGCCCGAACUCAAGCAGAGCAACAAUCUAAUAUUGCUACAUCUGAACCAUCUAAGAAAGAAGAAGUAAAGCAAGGGCUUUUUGCGAGAUUUGCAAUGCAACUUUCUGAACCGCCAAAAGACGAACAAAAACACACGACAGAAAUCAAGCAGAACCAAAAACCUAAAAACAUCACUACUAAAACGUCAAAAGAAAAUAUCGAAACUACGUCGAAAAUAGAUUCAGUGAAUAUCCGACAAAGCACUAGAGCUACCAGUGAAAACGACCAAAGAAAGGAAAAGGCAAAAUCUAGUAUAACUACCUCUGAGCAGCCAAAGAAAGACGACACAAAGCAAGGGCUAUUUGCUAGAUUUGCAAUGCAACUUGUUGAACCGUCAAAAGAAGAGCAAAAACACGAGACAGAAAGCAAGCAGAAACAAAAUGCUAACAUUACCAUUGCUAAAAAGAUAAAGGAAAAUACCGAAAUUAUGUCGAACGUAGAAUCAGUGAAUAUCCCAGAAAGCACUAGAGCGACUAGUGAAAAUGACCAAGGAAAGGAAAAGGCAAAACCUAGUAUAACUACCUCUGAGCAGCCAAAGAAAGACGACACAAAGCAAGGGCUAUUUGCUAGAUUUGCAAUGCAACUUGUUGAACCGUCAAAAGAAGAGCAAAAACACGAGACAGAAAGCAAGCAGAAACAAAAUGCUAACAUUACCAUUACUAAAAAGGCAAAGGAAAAUACCGAAAUUAUGUCGAACGUAGAAUUAGAGAAUAUCCCAGAAAGCACUAGAGCGACUAGUGAAAAUGACCAAGGAAAGGAAAAGGCAAAACCUAGUAUAACUGCUUCUGAGCAGCCAAAGAAAGACGACACAAAGCAAGGGCUUUUUGCGCGAUUUACCAGUCAGCUAAUUGAAACACCGAAAGAGGAACCCAAAGUUCAGCCUAAAAGGCAACCGGAACAACAUUUUCGAAAAGAAAACACAGAAAAGUCUCCAAUACCACCGACAGACAAAACGUUGCUAAAAGAUAAAGAUAUGAAGAAAAGUAAAGCCGACACGACCCAGGAAAAGACAAUGUCAAGUACUAACGUCAAAGGAAAAGAGAAGACACAGUCUGAACAACCGAAGAAAGAAGAGCCUAAACAAGGCCUCCUUGCUCGAUUUGCAAUGCAACUGGUUGAAUCUCCUUCAGAGGCUCAAAGUAAAGAUCACAAUGACCGAACAAUUCCCGAAGCUGAAAAGGCAAAGCCUGAAACAGCACAAUCUAAGCAACCGGCAAAUAGAUCUCCAAUGCAAAAAGAUGAUGAAAAGGUAAAGCCAAGUAAAGGUGAUGUAGAUUCUAAGGAAAAGGUGCAAGCAGGUGCAGCCGCUUCAAGACACCCGAAAAAAGAAGACGCAAAACAAGGAAUUUUUGCUCGCUUAGCUAUGCAAUUAGCCGAGGAGCCCAAAGAGGAACCACAAAUUGUUGACAAAAGGACACAGGAUCAACAAAGUGCUACUAAACAGGAAGAAGUCAUUAAAGCCCAAGCUCAUUUAGUGUCAAAGGAAGCAAACCGAGGAACAGAAAAAGUCACAGAAAAGGUUAAUGCUGGUACAAAAGGCAUAAUUAAGGAAACACCAAAAGAUAGCGCAGCUGCAAGUGAACCAGCAAAGAAGGAAGAGGUAAAACAAGGUCUUCUUGCAAAACUGGCUUUGCAGCUUGCAGAAACACAGAAAGACGAGACAAAAGUMAAAACGGAAAGUAAAACAGUGAAACCUGAGAAGAAUAAGAUGAAAGAGAAAACAGAACUGAGUUCAACUGCACCAGAGGAGGUCUCGUCUCAAAAGGUUAAGAAAUCGCGCGAGCAGGAAUCAGCCAAAGAAAACAAAAGUAGAGGAAAACCAGAGCCUAAGGAAAAUACUGUGAAGCAGAGUGCAAAAGAAGUCCAAUCCACACCUAGAGUCACCUCCACUCAACCAACACAAACAAAAKGAGAUGAAGCAAAACAGAGUAUCCUUGCACGACUUGCCAUGCAAUUUGUAGAGCCACAACAUCAAGAGGAAAACAGACAAAGUACUACCGAAAGUAAGCAGGAAAAACGACCAGGACAUCAGARGAUGACAAAACAAACGGAAGCCAUAAAUAAUGAGAUAAUAAAAGCCAAACAAACACAGAGAGAGGUAAAUGACACGGCGCCACCUAAAAUAAGCGAAGAAAAAGUUAUAGAUAACAAGAAAGAAACAAUUCCAAAGCGAGAAGAAGCAGGCGAUAGUUUAUUUUCAAAGAUUGCAUUGAAACUUGCCGAGUCUGUUCAUCAAGAAGAGCAACCUGAGGUUAAGAAGAAAGACGUACAUGAGUUUGCACGACAACAAAAAGCUGAAGUGACUAUAACAAAAGACUCAGUAUCUACCUCUAAUGCGCAUGACACUAGAAAAAUAUUAACAAAGGUUCGAGAAAAUUCUGAGCGUCAGACAACAGAGAAACCUCCACCGAAAAAUAACGACAGAGAUAACGAAAAGACGUCAAAAGACAAGAUUCGUACUGAAUCACAAACAAAUGUGAAAAGCAUAAAAAAUACAAAACUGAACUCUAUGCAUAAUUUGACCACUGACAUAAAAGAAAAGGAAAACAAAAGAGGUACGCCUACACAAAACACAUCAGGGAGUUUAUUCUCGCGAUUAGCAUUGAGUUUGAGUGAAGCUAUACAACAACACGAAGAAGCGGAAACGGUAGUCACCGAAAAGCAGGAAAUAAAAAAGCACGCUGUUACUACUGAGAAGUCUAAAGCUGUACCAAAAGUCCCAACGAAAUCUGCGGAAGAUGAUGGCUUAUUUUCUAAAUUAGGAAUAUUUGACUCAGAACCUGCUGGCUCAAGUGAAACUGGAAGACAAACACGGAUGACUGCACCAAAACAGAGUAGUGGCCAGAAAGUUCACACACCCUUGCAAAGUGUCAAACAGAACGAUGCCAAAGAAUCGAUCAGAAAACAAAUACCAAGGGAAUUACAGCAAAGUAGCGGACGGAAAGUGAUACCCUUGACAAGUGAAACCAUCAAUUACACUAAAGAAUCAAAAGAUAGCAAAGCUGUGCAAAAUGAAAAUCAAGACAGCAAUACGUCGACAACGUUGUUGGCAUUAUCUAAAGCAAAGAAGUCCGAUGAUCAAAAAGUGGUACAUCCUGGUUCAAACGUUUCCCAUGCUGAUCCUGUGACAACCACUAACGCAGAUGGUCCUUCCUUAGAAAGAAAAGCAUCGCGACAGGAUACAAUAACAAAACCUGUAGUUUCAACAAAUCAGCAAAAGGAAAAUACAGCUUCUUUAGAAGUAAAGAAAGGUUUUGCUAAAGAAAAAGAAAAACAGUCCACGCUAAAAGGCCAAGAAAGUACAAGUUCACAAGAAAGGGCGAUGUUUGAGCAUAAAAAAGCUUUGUCUUCCAAAAAGCCAUAUGAAGAGAAAAAUAUGCGGCCGGAAAGUAAAGAUCCUAAAAUGUUUUCUCUUACACGCCAACUAUCGCAUCAAAAGCAAGAAACAGCGACUAAAAUGACAACAGAAAAGCGUGUAAAAAUAUCUGAUAACAAAGAUUCUACUUCUGAACAUAAAAAGGCUUUCAAACCAUCUAAAAGACAGAAUAGCUUGAAUUCGGAAAGUAAUGAUGCUGGAGCAAUUCCAGUUCCUCGUCAAACAUCACAACAAAGGCAAGAAACAUACAUUAAAGCAACAACAAGAAAGAGUGCAAUGAGAGACGAUAACAAAGAGACAAUUCAAAGUCCAUCUAUGCAUCGUAUCAGGGAUAGGGAAGUGAAGGCGAACACGAAUGAGCCACCACAAAGCGAAGGAUAUUUGUCUUUGUUUGUGUCACGUGUAAAACAAGAAUAUGAUAAUUAUCAGCAAGAACAAAUAAGAUCUAAAACUCAAACAAUUGAUGAUGCGGCCCUUGAAGAAAUGGCAGCAAUGUUUGCAAAACAAAACGCAGAGGCACGAUUAGCAAUGCAGCAUAACAAAGAGGAAUCACCAAAAACGGCAGCGAGUAAAUCAAACAAGGAGAGUAAAGACUCACAGACUCUACCAGCUUUUCAACGGAACACAUCCUUGAGGAGUGUCGCGCAAAGAGAAGUCCAUCCUACACCAACAAGAAAUGCACCUCAAACAGAAAAGGAGGACAUUUCAAUAAUUCCGAACCAACAACCAACAAACCAGUAUUCAGGGAACGUCCAGAGGCAUCCUCCUACAUCUAAACCACUAAGGAAGCCUCCUAUGCCUCAAGAGAAGAAKGUUCCAGACAAACCUACAACAAACGAAGGACUGUUCUCUUCAAUUGUCUCAAGGGUAAAACAAGAAUAUGAUAAUUACCAGCAAGAAAUGACUAAAUCGCGGCCAGUGAUGACAGAUGAUKAAGAACUUGAGGCAAUGGCAGCCAUGUUUGCUAAACAAAAUGCAGAGGCCAGGAUGUCAAUGCAGCAAAAACAGGGAGAGACUGCUUCAAAUGGUAACGAGUCAACGGCAGGUGCAAAACGUCCCCAGCAGCAUGAAAAACAAGUGACCGAGAAAGUGUCAAAAGCGAUUAACAUAAACGCGAAUGCUACGAAUGCAGCUAGGAGCAGACGAGAAACUGAAGAAAAACGUGCACUACAAUGGUCGGCAAUAGUGAUACAAAGAAAAUGGAGAGCUAUUAAAGCKCGCCGUGAAAUGAAAAAGCGUCUUAUUGAGGAAGCUGCUGCAAAUUUGAUACAAAAGCAAUGGAAAGCAUCUAAAACUAGUAGGGAAGCCAAGCAAAAACUGGCUGAAAAGUGGGCAGUAUUGAUGAUCCAAAAACACUGGAGAGCUGCUAUGGCACGUCGAGCACUGAAGCAGUGUUUGGUGGAAGAUGCUGCUGCCCAGCUCAUCCAGAAAAGAUGGAAAUCAGUGAAAGCCAACCGAGUGCUCAAGCAAAAACUGCGUCGAGCACUGAGGCAGUGUUUGGUGGAAGAAGCCGCCGCAAAGCUAAUUCAAAAGCAAUGGAAAACAGUGAAAGCCAACCAAGUGCUCAAGCAAAAACUGGCUGAGAAGUGGGCAGCACUGAUGAUUCAGAAACACUGGAGAGCUGCUAAGGCACGUCGAGCACUGAAGCAGUUUUUGGUGGAAGAAGCCGCCGCAAAGCUUAUUCAAAAGCGAUGGAAAUCAGUCAAAGCUGAUCGAGUACUAAAACAAAAACUMGCUGAGAAGUGGGCAGCUUUGAUGAUCCAGAAACACUGGAGAGCUGCUAAGGCACGUCGAGCACUGAAGCAGUGUUUGGUAGAAGACYCCGCUGCCAGGCUCAUUCAGAAAAGAUGGAAAUCAGUGAAAGAUGACAGAGAUGCUGGACAAAAAGUAGCUGAGAGAUGGGCGGUAUUGCUGAUACAGAAAUAUUGGAGAGCUGCACAAGCUCGUAAAGCAAUAAGCCAAAGUAAUUUAGAAUAUGCUUCUGCAGUUCUUAUCCAAAAACAAUGGAGAUCAAAAAGGAUGAACAAAGAAAUUAGUAGACGUUUGUCUGAGCAGUGGGCAGCUGUGACUUUACAAAGGCACUGGAGGCUCGCAAAAGCAAGAAAAGCUAUUCAAAAAAUAAAAAUAGAACAUGCAGCUGCAGUUUUGAUCCAAAAUCGAUGGAGGUCUGUGAAAGGUUACCAAGGCAGGAAAGUUCGACUUGUGGAACAGUGGGCAGCAUUAAGGAUUCAAAGAUAUUGGAAGUUUGUAAGAGUACGUAAAGCUAUGCAACAGAGUAGAAUUGAGUAUGCGGCAGCAGUUAUUAUUCAAAAACGAUGGAGGACCAUCAACAGCGAACAAAGAAAGAAAAACCGUUUAGUUGAACAAUGGGCAGCGUUACUAAUACAGCGCCAAUGGAGACGUUUAAAAGCGCAAAAAGAACUCAGACAAAAUAAUGUUGAGAAUGCCGCGGCGAUUCUUAUUCAGAAAAGAUGGAAAUCAACAAAGACGAGUGGAGCAAUGAACGAACGUCUCUCUAAACAAUGGGCAGCAUUGAUGAUUCAAAGACACUGGAGAAUUGCAAAGGCACGCAAGGCCAUCCAGAAAAGUAGUGCAGAACAAGCCGCUGCAGUUCUCAUACAAAAGCGUUGGAGGUCAAGAAAAUUAAAUCGAGCAAUAGAAUAUCGUCUUUCCGAGCAGUGGGCGGCAUUAAUGAUUCAAAGACACUGGAGAAUUGUAAAAGCACGAAAAGCAAUCCAACAAAGUAAUGUAGAACAAGCCGCUGCAGUUCUCAUCCAAAGGCGAUGGAGGUCAACAAAGUUGAAUCGAGCAAUGAAAGAUCGUCUCUCAGAGCAAUGGGCAGCAUUAAUGAUUCAAAGACACUGGAGAAUUGCAAAGGCACGCAAGGAAAUCCAACAAAGUAAUGUAGAACAAGCCACUGCAGUUCUCAUCCAAAGGCGAUGGAGGUCAACAAAAUUGAAUCGAGCAAUGAAAGAUCGUCUCUCAGAGCAAUGGGCAGCAUUAYUGAUUCAAAGACACUGGAGAAUUGCAAAGGCACGUAAYMKAAUCCAYCAAAGUAAUGUAGAACAAGCCGCUGCAGUUCUCAUCCAAAAGCGUUGGAGGUCGACAAAGCUGAAUCGAGCAAUUAAAGACCGUCUCUCAGAGCAAUGGGCGGCAAUAAUGAUACAACGACACUGGAGAAUUGCAAAGGCUCGUAAAUCAAUCCAGCAAAGUUAUGUAGAACAAGCUGCUGCAGUUCUCAUUCAAAAGCGUUGGAAAGCGUUACGAUCUGACAAAAUGUCAGGACAAAAACAUUCUCAGCAAUGGGCUGCGUUGACGAUACAAAGGCAUUGGAGGUCAGUAAAGGCACGUCAAUUGAAGAGACAAAGCAACGUCGAGAAUGCUACUGUAGCAUUGCUUUUUGGGAAGUGUAAGUCAACUAAUUCUAAAAAAUCCAUGAAACAUGACGAGCGUUGGGCUGCAUUGAUAAUUCAAAAACACUGGAGAGCAGCAAAGGCGCGUAAGCACAAGAAACAAAGCAAUGUUGAUCACGCCACAGCAGUGCUUAUUCACAGUAAAGCUCAGUCAUCGCAGAAAGGCAUAAAACACGAGAAAGGUACUCUGGGUAAGAGUUCCGUUACUAUAGCCAAAAAGGAUGCAGAAAGAAGCAAGACCGUUAGAGAGGAAACAAGUGAUUACGAUCGUUAUUUAUCCAAAUUUGCAAGUUGGAAAAAAUCCUUUAAUCAAAGAGAUGAUGACGAUUCCAAGAAGAACGCUAAAGCACCAACGCCAAAAGGAAAGGAAAGUGAUGAGAAAUACUCAAAAAAGAUAAACAAAUCAAAUAUGCAAGAAGCUUCAGAUAAAACAGCUCCUAGUGCAUCUGGCGCUAUGUCUCCUCGAAAAACAAGUACUCAAAGCAAAGAGCAUGCUGAUCGUCCUCGCAAACGUGUUUCAUUUUCAUUGGAGCAUAAAACAAUGGCUGAAGAUGCGAGGAAGCCCUCUAAUGUGAGCCCAGUAAAGGACACAGCACCAAAUAAGUCAGACGAACCACAAGCUGAAGUAGGAUACUUUUCACGUUUCCUCACGAAAUUUGCAACAUCUGACGGUAAACCUCAAGAAUCACACGAAAGUGCGAAGGAAGAUGAUGAACUCGAGAAAUUGACAGCUUAUUAUGCUAAGCAAAAUGAAGAGGCAAGAAAAAAACAGCUAGAGAAAGAUAAAGUUGAUAUGGAACCAAAAGUGGAGAAAUCUCAAGGAAGAAAAACACCAGGAAAACCAGAGGCAAAGCCUGAUGGCAAAAAUACCAAAACUGAAAAGGCAACAACGGAAAAGUCCGCGUCUAAAAAAGAAAUUGUCAGCGGUACUUCUUCUAAGAAAGAUGUUAGUGGUGAUGUCCCUCCACUAUCUAAACCUUCAUCAAAAGAGGAGACGCCUAAAGAUAAACCGUCUGGAGGUUACUUUUCAUCCUUUUUGUCGCGAGCAAAACAUGAAUACGAAAAUUACAAAAAGGAGUCCGAGGCACACAAUAAAGACCAAACAGAUGYCAGUGGUGAAGAAAGAAAAGCAAAGGAAGACAAACCUCCACAUCAGAUAACAUCACAAUUGUCUCAUCAAGAUCCGCAACCGAUGGAAGCAAAAGAGGAUACAACGGAAUCGACUAAAAAGGGUACUGUCCUGAAGUCAGCUGCAUCGCAAAACGUAGUAAAAGUCAAAGCUGAUGUUCAUAUGAAAGUGAAUGAAACACCUGAUUUUCCAUCCGUUGGUCCAAUCAGUGAACAGCAGAGAGCUUCUUCCCAUCCUUCUAAAACGGUAGUAAUGAAGUCUUCUAAAAAGGCUACUGAAUCGGCUGAAAAGAUCGUGUCGCAGAAAGAAAACUCCAAACAAAACACAAACAAGCCACAAGAGAAAGCGGUUUCCUCACAACCGCCCAAAACAAAAGUCGAUAGCAAGAGUUUAACAUCGGUAGCAUUCAAAACAAAGGAUUGUACGUCAGUCACAUCCGAAGGGCAAACAUCGACUGAAAAAAGCGACACGACGACAAAUGUAGAAGAGAAAAUUGCUGAAAAACCUAGCGAAGGCUAUCUCUCAUCUUUCAUGUCGCGUGUGAAGAGCUAUCAACAAGAAGAAAAAGGCAAGCCUCCACCUGACGAUGAAAAAUUAGAAGAAUUAGCGGCCCUUUUUGCUAAACGGAAUGCAGAAGCGCGAUUGGCUGCACAGAAGAAACAAGAGAAGGAGUCAAGUGAUCAACAGGAAAAAAAGGACAUUAAAAAAUCCACUGAUGACGUUCAUGGGCCGUCAAAAGCAAAAACAAAUCAAAAACAACAUACGGAACCAGCUAAAGUUAAACGUUAUCCCAAAGAAAGCACAAGUGGUGCACCAAAAGAGCUCAGAUCAGAGCCAAAUCAAACUGGGGCAACAAAUGACCAAGCUGAUGUCCGUAAGACAAUCACAAGACCUACUCCUAAAUCGUCCGAAUCAAAGGCUUCUUCUAUCGCAGCCGAACAACCAUUGUCUUCGCAUUCACCAUUAGAUAGAGGCAAAAGCGAGAAAUCUUCUAGAAUUGGAGAAACUCCCAAAGCGAGUAAAACCAAGCCAACUUCACAGAUCUCCAAACCUCAAGAAAAAAGCCCCGCUCAAGCUGACAAYUCGAUAAAGGAAGAAAACAUAUCACAAGAUGAUAAAAGUCCACAACAACAAGAAAGCUACUUUUCAAAAUUCUUAUCAAGAUACAAGAGUUCUCCAGAGCCUGCCGCAGUUGUUAAGCAAAGUCAACAACAUUCACAAAAAUCAGUUGAUGAGAAGAAAGACUUAGGAGAUGCGGCGUCUCCUUUUGCAGAGAAAAAWCAAGAGACCAAAAUGAACUUGCAAAAAGAAGACGUCGAGAAACGAACAGAAGGAAAGCAAACACGUGCUUCUACCCAGGGAGCAAUCCCGAAGACUGUUAGUCCAAAGCCUUCCACCACCAAAAAUCUUACUCCGCAAGAGAAAUCGACCACGCCCUCAACUAAGGGAAGUGAAACGAAAGUUUCAAAACCUAAGCAACCUAACCAACGGUUUGCUAAACCAAUUGACAGAACGAAACAUACGAAUAAAGAAACCCAGAUGCCUAAAACAGUUAAGGGGGUUUUAAAGAGUGAUGAAAGAGAAAUCAAGUCUGUUGCUUCAAAACCUCCAAAGGAAGACGAGAAACGACUGUCCGAUAGAGCACAAACACCCCAAAAAGUACCAACACAUCUUGCACGUGACGAAAAGAAACAACAACCAAAASAGACGCCCACAAAAAUUGACACAAAGSCAAAAGAUGAAAAGGUACCUCCCAAGGCUGCUUUGGAAAGACCACAAGAUCAAAAAAUACAAUCCAACAUUGUUAAACCAACAAAAGCAGCUGACACAAAAAGCGUAAAACCUCAUGUCGAAACUACACCUGAUGAAAAGCAAGCAAACAAACAGUCCGAAGCUGAAAAAUCAACCGAAAGCUCACAUGAGAAAGACAUAUCAAAAGGAAAAACAUCUGCUYCAAGUUCAAAGCCAGACAUGACAGAAACCCAGUCCACCACAGAAAAACAACAAGAAACAGUUUCAGACACUGUGAGCGAGUGGAUGAAGUGGGGAAAGUCUUUCUGGAAAUAAUGAUCACAUCAACAAUGAACACUGUUAUGAAUACUCAUAAACUACUUAAUAGAGAGAAUUAUGGACAAGGGAUAUCCAYAGCUUCAAUACAUAAAAAUCAACACCAUCAAUCAACCUUUUAGACAUCAAUUCUAACUGACAUAUUUUAGCUUGGCCCUUAUAGAGAUCUUAGCAUUGAAUGGAACCAGGCCGCUAUUAAAUAAAAAAAAUACAAAAAGGAAAAGUAAGGACUAAUUUGGGAUAUUAAUCUAGGAUUGUUAAUAUACACGGAGAAAUGAUUAUAAUUAAACAAUAGGGUACAGCAAUUCCAGCUAAAUUGACAGGUAGAUWUAAUAAAACUGUCGAUAUAUAUAACUUAUAUAAUCAAAUAGAACAUAGAUACUGAGAAAAGUCUAAUGAAUUCAAAUAAUAAUAUUUCAAAUAAUAUUAUAAGCUGGAUAAAAAUCAAUAUUAAUAUCAUUUUCCUAAUGAUAUUGUAAAUAAUUUUUUUUACCGAAUACGUGAGGCCAUCAAUCGUUCCUCUGACCUUUUGCAUAAUUUGUAUUGAUAAAUUGUAUUCAAUAUUGGCGCCGGACAAAUAGGCAUUUUAAGCAUUUUAAUGGCAAUAAGUUUUGUAGAGAUUUCAUCAUUGACAUUUUGGUAAUUCUGUGUGCAAAAGAUCGUUGAACGGGUCAGUGUAUAUAAAAAGUAAUUAUUAGAAUCUUUGUAUAAAUAAACUCAAGAAACUCUUAUAA